CAAAUAUCCAAACAAUGCAAUAUUAUAUAAAGGAAAUUACGAUUCUGUCCAAUCGUCCUCUUCUCUUCCUUAAUCAGUCUCACUCUCAUCCGUUACCAUUAGUAAGACAUUUUUUCUCCCAUACAGCCCAAUCUAAGCCAUUGGAAUUGCGAAUCCAUGAUAGGAAGCUCGGGAAAAAUCAGUCCAAAAAUGCAUAUGAUGGAGGUUUCAUUUCCCACUCGAGUUCAAGUUAACCCGUCUUUUUCUCCAUGCCCACCUCGCUACUGGAACUCCCAUGGUAGACCCAAGACUAGAACGAAACUACUCGUGAAAAUGGAGACUUCUUCUGCUGUAGCUUCCUCCCCUUCUUCUUUUUCUGCUUCUGGGUAUUUUAAUCAAACAGUUGGUAGGCAAUUCCCAUCAAAGAGUUUGGAUAAGAUUCCCAACACAAAAAGGAAAAGGGUCUUCUUUUUGGACGUCAAUCCACUGUGCUAUGCUGGAAGUACCCCAAGUUUGCACUCUUUUGGCCAUUGGGUGUCUUUGUUCUUCAGUCAAGUCAGUUUAAACGACCCUGUUAUUGCUGUCGUUGAUGGAGAACGGGGGAGCGAACACCGCAGAAAGUUGUUACCUUCCUAUAAAGCACAUAGAUGGAAGUUUUUGAGAAAUCCUUCAAAGGGUCACGUUGGACGAUCGCAUCAAGUCAUAUCGGAUUUUCUUUCGAAAUGCAAUGUGCCAUUGGUAAGAAUAGGAGGCCAUGAGGCUGAUGAUGUUGUGGCUACUCUCGUGGACCAAGCUUUACAAAAGGGACACAGGGUGGUGAUUGCCUCUCCUGAUAAGGAUUUCAAGCAGUUGCUUUCGGAAGAUGUUCAGAUUGUUAUGCCUUUGGUGGAGCUAAAAAGGUGGUCUUUUUACACUUUGAAACAUUACAUGUCUCAGUACAACUGUGAUCCUUGCUCUGAUUUGAGCCUUAGGUGCAUGUUGGGUGAUGAGGUUGAUGGUGUUCCUGGAAUCCAACAUGUGGUUCCUGAGUUUGGGAGAAAAACUGCUCUCAAACUCUUGAAAAAGCAUGGUUCAUUGGAGAAUUUACUGAACACAGCUGCUGUGAGAACUGUGGGGAAGCAGUAUGCACAAGAUGCUCUUACAAAGUAUGCUGAUUAUUUGAGAAGGAACUAUCAAGUUCUUGCUCUUAGGAAGGAUGUUAAUGUGCAGCUUCAAGAGGAGUGGUUGGUCAAGAGGGAUAGUAAAAAUGAUUCUGCAUCUUUGUCAGGCUUCUUCAAAAUGUUGGAAGAAACUAAGAAUCUUGAUCAUCAUCAUCAUAGACAUACUCUUUCAAAUGGCUAAGCUCCAAUAGAUAAUUGCCUUGAGUUUUCCUAUAUUCAUCUUUAUAUGUUUAUUUGAUACUAUAUUGUUACUAUAUCUUUGCAUUGUUAGCAUAGUGUUUAUAUUGCAUAUUUUCAUAAAUAAAAGAAAACAGAAAAAUAGAAACAAAGGAGUGUUGUGAUA